UACUCCCGGCUCUGGAAAUUACAACUCCUGGGCGCGCGGCGUCGGGAGGAGGCUGCGCGGGGAGGGAGACAAGAGGGGAUUCCCGAGCCAGCCGGGCGCUCGCCCUCCGCCCGCUGGCUGCAGCGCCGUGCGGCCAAGGUCAGAGGCGCCGCAGGAGGAGAGGCUGCGAACCGAAGCGGAGGGUCAAUCCUGCCCUCGGGGAGAGAGCCCCAGGGCGCGCUCGGCCCGCGGCAGCAGCGGCCGGAGAGAGGUGAGAGAAGGUCUCCGGGCCGGCACGGCCGCCGGAGGUAGUCGCUGGCGCGGAGACCCGGCAGGUGGCGGCCCUUGGAUGCGCGCAAGAGAAGCUCGAACUGCACCUUCGGUUCCCGGGCGCUGUCCGUCGCCUCGUGGUGCUGAACCCAGCCCCAAGGCCAAGGGGCCUGCUCGCCCUCCUUCUCAAAGAUCACCCGGACUAAGGGCGGGGCGAGAGCAAAGGGGGCCCCCGGACAGCUGCCCACUGGAAUCUGGAACCGAAGGGCUGAAACGGGAGAGCUAGCGAUCCGCAAUCCAGCAGCCGGUCCUGAUGUGGAGAGGAGACGCCCGCUACUGCCAGCGGCGGCGCUAGUGCUGAUUCAUCACCUAAAGCAUCUCGCAGGCCACCGCGGGGGCAGCCGACCGGCCCUGGACUCUGGCCGCAGGUUGAAGCCUCUGGUGCAGGAGCCUCGCGGGCAGGAGGUGAGGACUCUCUUUUACCUCUUCCCCCUCACCUAAUCGUCUAUGGGCGGUGGCCCCAGGACAGAGAGAGGGGCGUGCCCAUGGGUUGCAAAGUAGUCAUGCCCGUGUGAUGCUCCCUCCUCCCAUCUCACUGGUGCUAACCUCACUUAUUCUCCUCUGCCCGUCUGCGGAGCUUGGGCCAUUCCACCUUCCACCCUGAGCAGUUCUCCGCCGGCUCAGCGAUGGAAGAGGAGCUGAAGUGCCCAGUGUGCGGCUCCCUGUUUCGGGAGCCCAUCAUCUUGCCGUGUUCCCACAAUGUCUGCCUGCCUUGCGCUCGUACCAUCGCGGUGCAGACCCCGGACGGUGAGCAACAUCUGCCCCCGCCGCUGCUGCACUCUCGAGGCUCAGCGCUAUCCUCAGGCGCCGCCGCCGCGCCCCCUCUAGACCAGGAGGCGGCGGCUGGCCCGGCUUGCAGCGGCGCGGGCGGAAGCGCUGCUGGCGGCCUGGGCGGCGGUGCGGGAGGCGGCAGCGACCACGCGGACAAGCUGAGCUUGUACAGUGAAACAGACAGCGGUUAUGGCUCUUACACCCCGAGCCUCAAGUCCCCAAACGGGGUUCGAGUGCUGCCCAUGGUGCCCGCGCCUCCUGGCUCCUCCGCCGCUGCUGCCCGAGGCGCCGCCUGCUCCUCGCUGUCCUCGUCCUCAAGCUCCAUCACGUGCCCGCAGUGCCACCGCAGCGCUUCCCUGGACCACCGCGGCCUGCGCGGCUUCCAGCGCAACCGACUGCUUGAGGCCAUCGUGCAGCGGUAUCAGCAGGGCCGCGGGGCGGCGCCGGGGGCGUCCGCAGCUGCUGCGGUGGCCAUCUGCCAGUUGUGCGACCGCACCCCGCCGGAGCCGGCCGCUACGCUCUGCGAGCAGUGUGACGUGCUCUACUGCGCUGCCUGCCAGCUCAAGUGCCAUCCAUCCCGGGGACCCUUCGCUAAGCAUCGCCUGGUGCAGCCGCCGCCGCCGCCUGCGCCCUCCGAGGUCGCCUCCGGGUCCCCGGGCGCUGUCCAGGGCGCCCCCAGCGGAAGUGGCGGCUGUAAGAGCCCGGGAGCCACCGGGGCCGGAGCGGCGGGGGGCAACACCACCCGCAAGUACCCUACGUGCCCCGAACACGAAAUGGAGAACUACAGCAUGUACUGCUUAAGCUGCCGAACCCCGGUGUGCUAUCUGUGCCUGGAGGAAGGCCGGCACGGCAAGCACGAGGUGAAGCCGCUGGGGGCCAUGUGGAAACAGCACAAGGCCCAGCUGUCUCAGGCGUUAAAUGGAGUUUCCGAUAAGGCAAAAGAAGCAAAGGAGUUUCUGGUUCAGCUGAAGAACAUUCUGCAGCAGAUCCAGGAGAAUGGCCUGGACUACGAGGCCUGCCUGGUGGCUCAGUGUGAUGCGCUGGUCGAUGCUCUGACCCGGCAGAAAGCCAAGCUGCUCACCAAGGUCACCAAAGAGAGGGAGCAUAAGCUGAAGAUGGUUUGGGACCAGAUCAAUCACUGCACACUGAAGCUGCGCCAGUCCACUGGGCUGAUGGAGUACUGCCUGGAGGUGAUCAAGGAGAACGACCCCGCCGGGUUCCUGCAGAUCUCGGACGCCCUGAUCAAGCGUGUCCAGGUGUCUCAAGAGCAGUGGGUCAAAGGCGCCCUGGAGCCCAAAGUGUCCGCGGAGUUUGAGCUGACCUUGGACAGCGAGCCGCUGCUGCAGGCCAUCCACCAGCUGGACUUCAUUCAGAUGAAAUGUAGGGUGCCGCCUGUGCCCCUGUUGCAGCUGGAGAAGUGCUGCACCCGGAACAACAGCGUCACGCUGGCCUGGAGGACACCGCCCUUCACCCACAGUCCUGUGGAUGGCUACAUCCUGGAGCUAGACGAUGGCGACGGGGGGCAAUUCCGGGAGGUGUAUGUUGGCAAGGAGACCCUGUGCACCAUCGACGGCCUUCACUUCAACAGCACAUACAACGCCAGGGUCAAGGCUUUCAACUCCUCCGGCGUUGGGCCCUACAGUAAGACUGUGGUCCUGCAGACAUCUGACGUGGCCUGGUUCACGUUUGACCCCAACUCUGGGCACCGGGACAUCAUUUUGUCCAACGACAAUCAGACAGCCACCUGCAGCAGCUAUGACGACCGGGUGGUGCUGGGCACGGCGGCCUUCUCCAAGGGCGCGCACUACUGGGAGCUGCACGUGGACCGGUAUGACAACCACCCUGACCCCGCCUUUGGGGUGGCCAGGGCCAGCGUGGUCAAGGACAUGAUGCUGGGCAAGGACGACAAGGCCUGGGCCAUGUACGUGGACAACAACCGCAGCUGGUUCAUGCAUUGCAACUCUCACACCAACAGGACCGAAGGCGGUGUGUGCAAGGGGGCCACCGUGGGUGUGCUGCUGGACCUGAAUAAGCACACUCUGACGUUCUUCAUCAACGGGCAGCAGCAGGGCCCCACGGCCUUCAGCCACGUGGACGGGGUCUUCAUGCCGGCCCUCAGCCUCAACCGCAACGUUCAGGUCACUCUGCACACGGGACUGGAAGUGCCAACAAACCUGGGGCGGCCAAAGCUGUCAGGCAACUAGGCUGCCAGGUCCUGCUCUGCGUGGCCAUCCCUCACUGCACUCACAUAACCCCUGAGGUAGCACAGCC